AUGGGCUCAUUACAGAACGGAGACGGCCAGUACCAAGGCCUCGGCCAGGACUUCACCAAGCAGGUCAUCGCCUCCAUGGGAUCGGAGACGAACCCCAGACUCCGUGAGAUUCUCACUUCAUUCAUCCAGCACAUCCACGACUUUGCUCGCGAGGUCGAUCUUACGACAGAUGAGUGGAUGAUGGGUGUCAACAUGAUUAACUGGGCGGGCCAAAUGUCAAAUGACCGACGCAACGAGGGCCAGCUGCUUUGCGAUGUUCUCGGACUCGAAUCGCUCGUCGACGAUAUCACCAACAGAGUGGCCACAAAGAACGGCCAGCCAGGCACAGCAACAGCCAUUCUCGGCCCCUUUUGGCGGGCCGACACCCCUGUCCGCCCCAACGGCAGCACAAUCGCCGUGAAGUGCCCCGAGGACGGCGAGCUUGCUUUCAUGUACGGCCAAGUGACGUGCUCCAACACCGGAAAACCGUUGGCGAAUGCUUCAGUCGAUGUCUGGCAAGCAUCCACAAACGGUCUGUACGAGCAGCAAGAUGCCGAUCAGCCCGAGCACAACCUCCGCGGAGUCUUCAAGACGGAUGCGGAGGGACGUUAUGGAUUUUACUGCCUGCGACCCACGCCCUACCCAGUACCGGGUGACGGCCCCGCUGGAAAGCUUUUGGACCUGCUUCACCGCCACCACUUCAGACCUGCUCACAUCCAUCUCAUUGUCAAAUCAGGAGGCUUCAAGUCGGUAACAACACAAAUCUUUGACGAGGACUCAAAGUAUUUGGAUGACGACUCUGUGUUCGCGGUGAAGGAUGGCCUGACUGUAAAGUUUAUCGAGAGAAAGGGAGACCCCAAGGCUGCCAAGGAGCUCGAGUACAACAUCAAGUUGGCUGCCGAUUUCCAGUACGCCAAGUGGAUGUUGAACCAAGCUCAACUCAUCGCUACUGUUAAGCUACGUGCUUACUUCGUCCCCAAUCCUGAACGCAAGAAUAACUACUUCGUUGUUCUUCCUCUUCCCAAGGAGUUCAUGGAUCAGUUCGAGCCGGCAUGGAGGAAGCUCUUGGAGCAACAAGUUUCACUGAUUAUAUGGGAGAACGAGGACGACAAGAAGCCGUCUGUGUUCUGUUUCAAGCCGCACACGAGCUACAUCCAGACUCUCGAGCCUCGCCCUCUUGCCGAAUCUGUCGCUGUGCUUUUCUUGUCACGCCCGCACCCUCAUGAGCCCGGAAGUCGAUGCACCGUCGUGAGCUUCGAAAGUCGAGCGGAUGCCAAUGCGGCUCGGAUGGCGCACUAG